CUUCCCUCUCCGUCUGUGGAGAGAGAGAUAAUAUGUGGGGAAUAGGCGACCCAGUGCAACGCCGUUGCAUUGCCUUCAUCAGAGGCAAGGGUUGUCUCAAGUUUGUUCACUUGGAAAUCACUGAUAUUCGCCUCCCUGACCUGGAUGAUGAAGCAGGGGCCCCUUCCUUCUGUGUGGAUGGCUGGGCCCUCACCACGUGGAGCAACAAUGUGAUGAGCAAUUCCGUGGAGGAUUGGCACAAGGAAUGUGUGGUCCAGGCUUCCAACAUCACCAUUGCUGACAUGGCAAUUUCACGGUUUCUGGAGGACUCUGGGUUGCUGUGUAGAUCAUUGAGCAAUGAGCCCAAAGCAGAGCAGAUAAACCUGCAGAACCUCUCCAUGUAUCAGCCCUCUCCUUGCCUCACUGAGCAAUUAGCCCAAAGCAGAGCAGUGAAACCUGCAGAACCUCUCCAUGUAUCAGCCCUCUCCUUGCCUUACUUGGUGGCCAGGGUGAAAAAUAGGCACCCGAAGGCAUGGAUUCUUGCCAUUGAUAUGAACAAUGGAGGCAGACUGAAAGCUACUACCCUAGUUAGCAAGGGUGCUGGCCAGGAUGCUGAAGGAUCACAUGAAGCUGGUGCGGUGUAGUCGAUGCCAGUGAUGUUUUAGUAAUCUUUACUAGUGUUCACAGUGAUCUCACCAUGUCACCUAUAUUUGAGUCUGCAGGUGCAGGACUUGUGCUUGUGGAUUUCCAUUUUACUUUCUAUGCCGAAACAACUUAUUUGUUAUGAAAUGACUUAUUAAGGGUAUGUCUUGAGUUUUAGAGAAGUUUUUGACUGCUACUCAAAUACUUCUAUCUAUACAUAAUCACAUAUUCUCUAGAAA